AUGUCAUUGCCACCCUUACCUUUCAAAGUAAAGGCAAAGGUUUCUUGGGCAGGUGAAGAGCCAGGAGAUUUAGGUUUUUUGGAAAAUGAAUUGAUCCAGGUCUUUUCUAUAGUAGAUGAAAGUUGGUGGAGUGGAAAAUUGAGACGAAACGGAGCAGAGGGCAUUUUCCCCAAGGAUUACGUUGAAAUCAUUGAGCAAUAUUCUCUACCAAACUCAUCUUCAAAUCUUGCAUCAUCGUUAGCAGCUAAACAAGAUUAUAGAAGUAAUGGUAUUGGUGCACCGCUGAAACAACAUAGUGAAGGCUCCUUGCUCAACUAUAUGCUGGGUUCUUACAAUAACUCAAGCAUGUCGUAUCCCUUUGAAAAACAAAAGCAGCAAGGUCUUGAUGGGUACUCUGAACUAGUACGAGCUUCAAAUGGUACUGAUCCUACGCAAAUAAAACCCACAUAUCCUGAACAAGAAGAAUUAUUAAAACAACGCGAGUUGGAGAUACAGAUAUUGAAGCAGCAGCAGCAGCAGCAACUACAACUACAACAGCAGCAGCAGCAACAACAGCAAGAGCACUAUCAAGAGAGUGGAAAUGCACUAGCAUCAAAGCAGUUCUCGCAUCUUCCAUUGCAAUCUAGUCAUCAUCAUCACUAUCAUCAUGACAAUGGACGAAUGAAGCAUAGCUAUUCUCAACAAGCCUCUCCUUAUUCAAACGUUUUAUCCUAUGAACAAAAAACGGGUUCCUUAGAUGAUUUUCGUCGUAAGGUUGCGCCAGAUCAGAAAGGUGACAUGUUUGAGAAUAACAAGGCUAAUCACUUCAGCCUCGCACCACCAGCGAUAUCACUGAAACAAAAGCAAAGACGCGUUCCCAAGGAGCAAGAGAUAUUGAAAGAGUAUGAGGAAAUUGCUAGAAAAAGAGCACAACUUGAAUUGGAGCUACAAAAGUUGAAAAAUAAUGUUAAUUUAAAAACCAGCUCAUCACCAAAUAGACAACAGAAGGAUAACUUCUCAAUCGACUCGUAUGGAACUCAUAGUGAUGAUUGGAAAAGAAGAGAUCGUUCACGUGACGAUUUGAGCAAGAAGUUGUCCAAGUUUGUAAGUGAUGAAGACGAUGAGGAGAUAAAUGGUGAUGGCAAUAACACCAAUACCAUGUUUAACUAUUUAAGCCAGGAAAGAUCAGGGCUUCGAACCGAGUCGCCUCCGCCUCCUGCUCCACCAAAGCAUGGAUUAGUUGAAAGUGUUCCCGUCUCUCCCUCGAGAAUCCCUUUUAACAGUGACGAUUUCAAAGUGUCUAGUGACCGAAAUGUCAUUAUCGAUGAGGAAAAUUACCAAAGAUUAUUUAUCCAGCAUGAAGAAUUAAAAAACUCUAUUAAAUCAUUACAAAGUGAUGUAAUGAACUUGUCUGAACUAAGUGCAACCAGUGCGGGCUCUUUUUUGAAACAUAAAUACGAAAGGGAGUUAAAGGAGAGUCAGUUACGGUUGAAAAAUAUGGCAAUUGGUGAACCAGAGAAAGAAACAGAAUCACCAACAAUUGAAUUAAAAUCAAAUGUUAUGGAUUCUGUAUUUGAGGAUAAAAAGAAGAAUGGCGGUAUCUUCAAGAAGAUAUUGAGGAGAUCGACCCAAGAAGAGCUAAAUCCUAUUGAAAGGAAGUUUCAGCAACAAGAUGAAAUUGACAUGGCCACCUAUAAAUUGGAUGUUAACAGAAUGAAUUCUUUGACAAGUCAAGAAAAACAAGGCAGAACCAAGCGAGUUGUUAGAAAUGAAGGAAAUUUAGUUGUUAAGCCGUUGGAGUACAUUUCUGAAAUCAAUGCUAAUGAAACAAUAGGAGCUAAGGAGGUGGAUGAGAUUGAUCUUGACUCAAUAGCAUAUAAGAAAGUUGAGGCAUUUGUUGCCAAGUAUAGUAUUACUUUUGAUUUAAAUGAUUUCAUUUCAGAUCUUUCAAUAAAGUUUCGACAAUCAGAUUUGAAUAAAGUGAGGUGCAUAUUGUUGCACCUAGCGAAAAUUCGUAUUAUUGAAGAAUCAUCAUCAUCAAUACUGCAAGUCAAGCCCAAAUUGAUGGAAGUGCAACUAAAGGGGGAAGCAACAAUAUUUCAAAUCAAUUACAUUUUCAAAAAAAUGCUUGAUGCCUUGAGGAUUCCAUCUGAGAUAGUAUUGGGGUUCUGGAAGAAACCGAACGAGUUUUAUCAUAACGAGCUGUAUGUGAUUAACCAUUGCUGGCUAUCGAUCUUGGUCGACAACAAUUUCAGGUUAAUCGAUAUCUACAACUUUAUCAAUCCCUCUGUUUGCAAUUUACAAAAUUGCAAAUACAAUGAGUUUUAUUUUUUAUCACAGCCAUUAAGUCUUGUUUCCACACAUAUACCAUCGAUUAUUGACUUACAGCACGUAAUGCCACCUAUUGAUCCUAGCAUUGCCUUUUAUUUACCAAGGACAUACUCUGGAUUUUAUGGCAAUCGAAUUCAAUUUACUAAUUUUAAUAAUGCAUUAACAAGAUUGAAUGAUUUAGAAGUAUUUGAACUAGAACUACUUUUACCUAAAGAUGUUGAGUUGUUCACAUUGGUCAAAACUUCUAAAGUCACCACAAAUGAUUUAAGUCUCUGUCAAGUGAAGUGGGUGAACCAUAAGCGCGUGGCCAAAAUCAAAGCUAUUCUACCAGAAAACGAGUCAAUUGGUGUUUUGCAAAUCUUUGCUGGCGCCAAGGGGCUCCAGAAACACUUUGACAACAUUCAUGAACUUUCAAUAGUUAUUCCAUUGAUGCAUGAGGGACAAUCAAAGCAAACCAAGUUUGUUCAGAGAUAUCCUACAGUACAAAGUCAAAAUAACGACUUGUACAUUGUUAAACCACAAACGAAUAAACUAAUUACUAAGAACUCGUAUACUUUUGAAAUCGAGCAGUAUCCCAGCCAGGGCAUCGACGCAAGAAGCAUGCAAAUGGUCCAAGAUUUCAAAAUUGUGAUUGAAUCCCCUCUGGGCAAAUACUUUAAACUCACAAAAGAAGAAUUGGGAGUGGGAUCUUGUAUAACAAAACCAUAUGGCGUAUACUCCUGUAACAUCAAAUGUCAAGAAGCUGGCGCAUAUAGAGGUCUAGUUAUUGGAGAUAGCGGGAAUAGCUGGUACGUGUUUGCCCAAUGGGAAAGCGUUAGUGUCAAUUGA